AUGCAAUUUUUGUUUGUAAUUGCUAUUCUGUCUUUUACAAGAUCAAGUAGCGUCGAAGGAUGUGGUUUUUAUACGUUUCCUGAUAAUAUCAAAGAAAAAGAGUGCGAAAGUGGUCUGAAGUUUUCCUGCGCUGAUGGAUACGAAAUGGAUAUUGUAGCGACAUGUGUAGGCGGCAUAUGGCACAAUGAACCAUCAUGCGUUCAUGUGAAGCCAGACGAACCUGAACCUGUGUGUGUUCCUAAAAUGGAUCUUGUAUUCGUUAUUGAUGGAUCUUCGUCUAUAGGACAAAAUAAGUUUUACAAGAUAGUAGACGCCAUCAUGGCAGCAUUUCCAUCACUGAAUAUCGGACCAAGUUCGGUCCAUGUUGGAGGUAUAGUUUUCAGCUGGAAGAUUUAUGGUACUGUCGAUCUGAAUGGAGACUUAGUUCAGGUGGAUUCCGAUUUUUGGGCCCUGGACUAUCCAGAUCAAGGGGGGACUAGAACAGAUAAAGGUAUAAAUGAAGCUAAGAAAUGUUUCGAAAGGGAUGGACGUUAUGGAGUUCAACAAACAAUGGUCGUUAUAACGGAUGGGGAAUCUACAAAUAGGCAAAAGACGAUAAAUGCUGCAAUUAAAGCGCAUAACUAUGGCAUCAAUAUGUAUGCUGUUGGUAUUGGUUAUUAUGUUGACUAUGCCGAAUUAAACGAGAUUGCAUCCAGUUCUGACAACGUCUUUCUCUUUGAAAGUGCUGCUGCAUUCGAGGCCAAUCUUAAAAAAGUUAUUGAUGCUGUAUGUUCAAAAUAA